AUGGAUAAACUUUACUGGGGGUUAAAUAUAUCUCGAUUGUUUCCUUGUUCUUCGAGCGUGGUUCCUGGCGGGAGGUGGAACGCAGCUCAACGUUGGCGAUCAGGGCUGCACUUCUCCGGUGGUUCCUGGCGCCCUUCUCUCAUUCUGCCCCAACUCUCGAUCAAUCUCCAUCUCGAUCCUCAACUGGGACGCCUUCCACUCCUCCCCAUCCAGAAAUUGCGAGGAACGGCUGCGUUGUUGAAUCUAAGGCCUUCGAAACACCUGAACCGCUUCGCAUGGAAUCCUAACUCCGGCCACAAGAAGAAUGAGAUUAUAUUCCCUUUUCUCCCUUUCCCUCUCCGAAAUUGGGGGUCGACUUCGGCCUUACUCCCUACUGCGAGGAUCAGAUCGCGCAAAGCAAUGUACAGUUACAAAACAUAUAUUUACCAAAUCCAUAAGAGACUUCUUUAAAUACAACCCAGCAACCCUUCUCGGCAUUCAAAGCCCCGAGAUCAAACCCC